AUGCUUCUCCCCAGAGAAUCUGCAAAACCAACCAUGCUGGGCUCCGAGUUUGGCACCACGCCAGACACCAAGCCAGAGGUCCGCCUCAAUGCCGUCGGCAUCUGGUGGAUCGUCUUCGGCGCCGUCUGGACCGCCCUUUUAGCCUGCGGGAUGGGAUAUCUCUACACCAAGCGCAAAUCACCAACCGUUCGAAUCCGUGGUCUCCCCCUCACAUUUGCCGGCCUAAUUCUGCUUCAUCUCUACUGGAUCACGGUUCAGAUCGGGUAUGCCAUUGGACCUCUUGCCCCCGAGAUGGCCCAGUUUUGGAUCAUGAGCAUCUGGUAUCCCUUUGGCAUCGCUCUCUUCCAAGCCGGCAACAGCCAGUUCCUCCAUGUUGCCAAAGCCCAGAGCAGAUUCGCCCGACCACCCAGCCAGAUGAGCAGCCGCUUUGACGAGAAGAAGCAGCAGCCCAAGACGCUAUCGAGAUGGCAAAAGAUCAAGGCUAUGGAAUACCAGACGAAAAUGGCAACCUUGGUCACAGUGGGCAUGUCGUGCCAGUUCUUGGUCGUCAUGAUCAUCUUCCUCAUUUCCCGCAAGUUCCACUCCGAUUUUGGCAUUCCCGGCACCGAGGUGUACGGGUCUACACCGGGCGAGAUUGCCAUGAAGCAGGGUCGUGGUUGGGAGUGGUGGCCGUCUCUAUUUUGGCAGUUUCUGUGGGCUUGGGUGUUUGCCCCUAUUAUUCUCUGGCGAUCACGCAAGAUCCGUGAUACCCAUGGCUGGCAACUGCAGACCAUCGCCUGCUGUCUUGCAGGACUUCACGCAGCGCCCAUGUGGCUUGUUGCCCUCUAUGUUCCCGAGAUGGCGCCCGUCAACAUGUACUUUAUUCCACCCCAAUGGAUUGCUGUUUCCAUCUUCAUUAUGGAAAUCUUUACUGUGUUUGUUCCCUGCUAUGAGGUUCACAAGGAUGAGGCUUUGGCCAAGGAGACCUGGAGCAUCAUCAAGAAGUGGGAGACCAAGGGAAAGUUUGGCUCCGACAAGAGCGUGUCCACCGCCGACUCUACUGUUCCCGGCACCCCUCUGUCCCCCACGUCAACCAAGGUCGGUCGCGAGUCAUCUCUCAACUUCGGCGACCCGUGGAAGCAAUCGUCCGUGAUGGAGAGCGGUGGCGGUGACUUGGCCAUCAACUCGAUUCCUGAUGACCGCAUCUUGACCAUGGAUGCCCUGGUUCAUGUUCUCUCCAAGAACCCUGAGCCUCUCCGGCAGUUCUCUGCUCGCCGCGACUUUUCUGGCGAGAAUAUUGCUUUCUUGACUGCUGUCUCGGAGUGGAAGGCGUCGCUGCACCCUGCUUUCACCAGCAACCGUUUUGAAGCCCCAGACGACGUGGUCCGACAGGCAUACACCAAGGCUCUCAAGAUUUACUACGAGUUCGUCUCGCCUCAGGAUGCCGAAUUUCCCCUCAACCUGGCCUUUGAGCAAUCCCGGCAGCUGGGUGGUCUAUUUGACCGUGCCAUCCGCGACCUGCUCGGCGACAGCCGCGCUAACAUCAAUCCUGUUACCCCCUUCAUGUCUGCCGGCGUGCACGACUGGCGGAUGCCAGAAUCGAGGGGAUCCGAGUCAGGCAUCAUGGUCUCUGUCCACGUCGAGACGGACAAGAUGCCUGCCGUUCCUGGUAUCGCGGUCGUCCCCAGUUCCGACGGCAAGGGAGAGGAAGAGGGGAUCGCCUUGUCGGUCUCUACCAACAGCAUGACGAACACAUUCCAGGAUGUCUAUCAGGGUAACAUCCCCGAGCUGUUCAACGCGUCGGUGUUUGACGCGGCCGAGAAGAGCAUCAAGGAGCUGGUCCUGACAAACACGUGGCCUAAAUAUGUCCGGGAGCGGAGGAACUCGGAGUCGUCGUCGGCGUCGGGGACCUCGUCGUCCAACAACACCUCUGACACGGACGGGACGCUCAAGUCCAAGAAGAGUUGCAGUUCGAGUUUGUGGAGGUUUCUCAACAAGGGGUGAUGAUGUCUGUUUUGCUUUUAUGACUAGGAGGACGCUGGCACCAGUCUAUACUACACAUUGUGUUUUCUUGCUUUUCUAUUUGCGAUAAUGUCUGACGACUUUUUGGGGAGCAAACCAUUUUACGCAGCGGGGAGCGAGCAGCCUUGAUGGCUUUUUGUUGGAUGGACGAUGAAAAGAGGGGGAAAUCGUCGUGGAUGGAUAGCUUGUUAUACCGAUAGCGCAAAAUGUAUAAUACCUUGUAUUCUUAGUAUGAACUACUGAUAUAGCAAGUAGCAAAAAGCCGUUUUUGGUCAAACUGUUAAACCGGACGACUGAGUAAAAGAUUGCCCCUGGCGGCGCAUUCAUUUGAAAUUCCAGUUGAUAAAGACUGUUAGUGUUGGGUGGACAAAGAAACCGAUUUGAGCUUCGCUCAUCGG